AUGAGAAGACCUCAAGCAGUUCAUUUGAGAGCUGCGGCUGUAUUAGGCUUCAUUGGUGGGUUCCUAAUUGCGUACAAAAGAUCUGUGCUGCGAUUCAAAGGGCAAACUGAAAAUGGGAGGGAAGUGAGGAAAGAUAGAUAUGAAGUGAAAAAACUCUUGAGUCAAAACUUGAAUCCAUAUGGUGCCUCAUCUCUUUCACCUUAUCUACAAGACGUGGCUUCCAGAAAUUCUAAAGAUAGCCAUAUGAUGCUUGGUCUUAUUCCUUGGUUCAACUUCGUGAAUCAUCAAAAUCAUGGUAUCGACUUGAAGAAAUACUAUGAGGUCAGAGAAGGUGAAGAAAAAUGGGGUUUCAUUCUUUCGCCUCCGAAAAUCGGGGAUGGUAAUUCAAUCGAUUAG